CUAAGAGUCUGAUCAGUUUGUACCGCUACAAUAUAAAAGUAUAUAAUAUCACUUACAAGUUCUAAGUCAAGAAGUGUAAAAGCCCGCCAAUCUACUGAAGAUUAUGAUAAGUUUUCUUCCUUGUGAUUCAGUACAAAGUGGUGCAUAGUAUCAACAUCAUUAAAAAAGAACAUUCUUGUCUUUACGAUUUUAUUAAGCCAGUGAUGUCGCUGAAAUUAUUUGUCUCUUUCUUUCUUUGGAGCAUAUCUUCGUUCGUAUUUAGUAUGCCAACGAUUGGAUUCUAUGAUCGACAUCAGCUAGAAACUUAUGAGGAUCUGUCAGAUAUACCGAGUGAUUUUGAUUUUUUUGCAAAUUUAACUUUUACUUUCUCCUGCGAAGGAAAAUCAGUUGGUCUAUAUGCAGACCAAGAAUAUGCAUGUCGCAUAUUUCACGUGUGCGAUGAAAAUGGAGAUGAUAUCCCAAUAAUUUGUGACAAUGGCACCUUCUUCGAUCAGCAACAACGUAUUUGCGAUUGGAGACAGGAAAUUAAAUGUGACAGAGCGCAUGAUUGGUAUUAUCUCAACGAGUUACCUUACAGAAGAGAAAUAUCUGACGAAUUCGGAGUACAGGCAAUCGAAGAUCUUCCGUUAACAGUAGCCACAAUUCUGCAGAAUGAAGAAGUUCAUUCAGUAUUACCACUUUUAACACCUUAAAAUUUUUAACUCCAAAUGAAGCGCAUGAAUAAAUCCGAUAUAAUUGUCUAAAUAUAUCAAAAAUAUAAUUAAUAUAUUUACUCGUAUUCUAUGUAAUUUUCUAGUUUGUCUGUUUGCUAAUAAACCACGAAAUACGGUAUAUCAA